CGCUGGCGCGCGAUCCGCCAGUCUAACGCGUGAUCGCGAAGUGGUUGCGUCGUGUGUCGUUGUCGGUUCGCGCGUAAUUCGGCAGCAGCACGGAGAGAUGGCUGCCCACUGAAAGAUGCGACGGGGUGCGACAUCGAGGACUUCUUUUUGCGUGUUCGUUUGCGCGUUCCUGAUCGGGCUGGCGUCGACCGCGAUCCUAGGCGACGAAUGCGACUGGACGGGGAGCGGGUUGACGUCGUCGCCGACGAGCAAGGGCGUCACCCCCGUGUACCUCCGAUGCUCCGCGGGGAAGAUCAAGUGGCUGUACCCGAGGGGCGCCCUUAGGGUGCUGCUGAGGCUGCCGGGUCGCGAUCGCGACUUCCGCGCGUGCGUCAAGCUUCGCGGCGUCAAGCCGACGGCGAGAGUGUUCCUAGAGGGCCCCAGGUCCCUGGUGCCGCUCUACGCGGACUCGGAGGCCGCUCCCACCGCCGCGAUAAGGUGUUUCAACAGCAAAAACGGCCAGGCGGCCGUCUACAUCGAGGCGACCGAAGAGCAAACCUACAGGCGAAGCGUCACCGACCUGGAGUACGACCUGCAGCAGCUGCCGAAGACGACGCUCGCCUAUGACUACGCGGAAGAGUGCCGGCCGUGUUCGAUGGCGGAGCUCGCCCACGUCUUCUGUACCAGCGACCUCGUCACGAGGGGUGUGAUCCUCGCCAUCGAGAACGACGACGCGGCCGAAACGUCACGCCUGAGCGUCAAGGUGACGCGCCUGAUACGUCACACGACCGCGUCCGAGGAGGCGGGGCCGAACGGAGUCGCGGCGGCGGCGGGCGACGUCGACUCGGCGGUGACGUUGAACGCUCCGCGACGCUGCGGCGUUUCGCACGGCGCCGGCGAGUUCGUCUUCAUGGCGCGCAAGAAACUCGGCGACCUCACGCUGCAGUGUGCCCCAAGAUUCGAGGACUGGGCCGCCUUGGUCGUCCGGCUCAACGCGCAGGCUCACUGCGUCCUGAAGAGCUAGCGGAGGCGGCGACGACGUCGUCGUCGUCUGUGAUUCUGUGAUUUCGGGGGGCGGGGUUUUCGCGACUCGUGUGUGUGUGUGUGUACUCUUUCGUUAGUGCCGAAUUUGCCAUAUAAAUGUAUUUUGCCGAUCUCCUAAUGUCGCGCGUGCGUAUUUUGACUGUGAUAAAUGCCCGAGAGUUUGUAUUCGAAUCAGAUUAUAUUUUAUUACGUUCAAUUACGAUUAAUUGUAAAUACGAGAUCGUUUUUUGAAUAAAGACGCGUUUAAAGCAACGGCCCGAGUUUUUAAU